ACUCAAGUCAUACAAUAAUAAUUUUUAGUGAACAAAUUUCCAAUAUUAUUUCACUCUUUUUAAUAUUAUUUAUUCAUUUAGUGCAACUCUGGUCGACGCUUGGAAAAGUUUGGAUAAGUGUUUGAAUACGUGACAAAAUAACGGACUAUCGAAACAUGACGCGCAACAUAUGUAAUCAUUUAUGUGUGUUCACAUUAUUCGCUAUAUUAUAUGUAAGCGCUCAUACGUCAUUAUUUAAAAGAUAUGUGUCAAUUCUUACACCUCUACCUCUACGCCCACCUAUAACUUCAUUUAGUCACCUUUGUUUAAGUGGAAAGUGUUCACAUAAUUCAGAUUUAGUUAAUUUAAAUGCUUACACGACAAUUUUGCGUAGAGAUCCACGGGUAGCCCAGGAUAAUUCAAUGAAGUCCACAGAGAGGGCAGACUCCACCAACUGGCGACAAAUAGAAUUUAUAACACAUGAAUUCAAUAAAGGUGUAAGAACCGCUCCGCGUAGAUUAAACACUCCGCCUAGGCCAGCGAAAAGUGUAGCAGAUUUUAUGGAAACUCAUGCACCUGUAGCACCAAAUAAGACAUUAGAAAAGGAUGUACGAAUACAUAUACAAUCAGAAUUUAGCAAGACGCUUGAUAAAUUUGAACGGACAUUUUAUAUGACGACAUUUGCGAAACUGAGGUCCAUCAGUCCGGUAGAGCGACAGGAAAAUGGUAUAAGCUUUGUACAGUCUGGUUUCUUUUUAUACAUCAUUCUUGUUGCUCUGUCAGUGGAAGUGGAUAAAAUAAGUAAAGUUGAGAUUGAGAAAACUCUAGGACUCUCAGUUUCUGAUCAGGAAAAAAUCGAGAUUGUUAAACAUACAGUAUCCUCACUGCCAAAGUCAAAUCAAGACCUGAGCUUUCGCUGGGCACAUCGUCUAGCUGUCAAUGGAAGCUGGCAUUCUCGAAGCCAUGCUGUGUCGGCGCUUGGGCUUCGCGUAAAUCAGAUAAAUCAUUUGAAUUCUACAUCUGCAAUUACAUCGGCGCUCAAUCGUAUGGUAGAAGAAGACUCAGGAGGCGCAAUGCAUUGCGCAUUCACAGAAGAUGAACUUUUAGAAGGAGUACAUGCAGCUCUACUAAGUACGGUGUACUUGCGCGCGCGCUGGCGCACCGCUCCCACCCUGCUAAAUGGCACGCAUGCGUUCUACGAUGGUGUAGAUCCUAAUUCGCGAGAUGAAGCAGAUGCCAAUAAGAUACGAGAGACUCAUAUGAUUCGUAUUAACGAUAUUAUGAGAUAUGCCGACUUGAAAGAAUGGGAUGCUCAGGCACUUGAAAUAUUCUACUCCACACCUCAUCUAAGUUUUCUGAUAGUGGCUCCGCGGCGACCCUUCCUGCAACCAUUGGUAGCUCAAUUGGCGAAUACGAGCAUUCAUUAUGUGAUAAAUAAAAUGCGCCCUAAGAGAAUAGGCGUAAAGUUGCCUAUCUACACUCUUCGAAUGACCUUAUUGCUGCAGAACAAACUAGAAGCUAUGGGAAUCUCGCAUUUGUUAAAUACUACAGAUGGCUACGAUUUCACUGAGAGACUCAAAAUAUCGCAUGCAGUGCAGCAACUUAUGUUCUGGGCCGAGGCAGGAAGGCACGCAUUCAAAGAUGAUGGUAUAGAAUGGGCUGAGCCAACAGAACUAGAAUUGGCCAUGAACCGGCCUUAUGCGUUUUUCCUGCGCUGGAAAAAUUUUACAAUUGCUAACGGCAAUUUCGUGCUUUAGGUCUACAUAAUUGUAUUUUGUAACACUUUAACAUUUACGAAACUCGCUGUAUGAAUGAUGUAAACAAGAUUAUUUGAUUCGAAGUAAUAAAAGGGUUUUUUUGGAUACCAAGUGACUAGAGAUGGGAAAAAGUUCUUAGUUUUUAAAC